AUGCCCGGUAGCGAGAUUCUUCGGUCGCUCAGACUGCUGUCGCGCAGCUCAGGCGGUCUUCUGUCGGGACCGGAGCGAGUGACGCGAUGCCUCACACGUUCAAUGGCAACAGAAGCCCAGAUCAACACUACGACCGCCUCAUCACCCGUCCCUGGGACGGCAUGGGCCCCGACCCCUGCUCUGGUCAUGACCUACGACUUCCCUUCGAUGGAACCUGUUCGCAUGGUCGAAUACCCUGAAAAGCAUCUCCUGAUGCCCAUUCGGAAGGAUCUCCUGCACCGCGCUGUUAUUUACGAAGCCGACAUCUCCCGACAUGGUACGGCUAGCACGAAAUGGAGAGACGAUGUGAACGGCAGCCACAGGAAGCUGUACCCCAAAAGGGCUCUGGCCGUGCCCGUGCUGUCGCCCGUCCGCCGAGGUGGUGGUGUCGCCCACGGCCCUCACCCUCGCGAUUUCUCGACCGAUCUGCCUGCCAAGGUCUACGACCAGGCCUGGCGUAUUGCUCUCAGCCACCGGUUCCAGCGUGGGGAAUUGAUCGUCAUCGACAAUGAAAUUUCACUUCCCAGCGAAUCGACUCCGUUCUUAGUGAAGAAUAUUCUCGAAACAAAUGGCUGGAACUCGAGGAAGGGCCGGUCCACCUUCAUUACGGAGGAUGUUGAUCUGGAGCUGUUGGUCAAGAUGGAAAAAUUCAGCAAGCACGCCAAGCUGAUGGGCCGCACGGAUCUUGAUGUCAAGAAGCUUUUGGAGACUGGGAGAUUGAUUAUCGAGAAGAAGGCACUGGAUCGGAUCCUGAAGGCGCAUUCGCGGGAUUUGAACAACCGGCCCGCCAGGGCUCUGUACUGA